CGCGUGGACUGACGUCAUUCCAUGAUGGCUGAAGAUCCUGGCGGAACAUUUUUCAACUUCUCUCUCAUUUUUCUUUCUUUCUCUCCACCUCCGCUUGCCAUAGAGACAUGGCAGGAAUCACAGGCCCGCUAAACGCCCACAGAUCAUUGGUGUCGACAUGCCCAAGAAAGGGAACCGAAAACGGCUGAAAUUCAAGGCCGGGGACGUUUGUUCGGAAUCAGUGACCGUUGCUGAUUAUGCUGAUGCCGACCCAGCCGUGGUGAAGUCAGGGAGGGUGAAGAAGGCUGUAGCCAAUGCAGUCCAAAAAGAAGUGAAAUUACUCUGUGGCCUGGAAGCCUCUCAAGGAGCUGUAGAGGAGGUUGUUUCGUCUGCAGCGAGUGUCACAGCAGAUGCUUUGGACAGCAGUGAUGACCUCGACCCCGAAGAAGAUGAAAAUGAAACUAAAGUGGCCCACAAGAAGAAAAACAAGAGGAGAAAGGAAAGCAGUGAGAGCAGCGAUGGGGCGGUGUAUCCAGUGGAUAUCUGGUUGGUGCUCGCCUCCUACAUCCGGCCCGAGGAUGUGUGCAGAUUUGCUCUGAUCUGCAGGAAUGCCUGGACAGUCACGUGCACUGCAGCUUUUUGGACCAGGCUCUACAGACGACAUUACAAGAUUGAUGUUGACUUGCCGUUUCGACUCCAGCCCGACUCUAUGGACAAGUUGCGUUUUUUACGGGCCCGCGUGAUUCGCUCCCUUUUCCAUUUGUAUGAGCCGUUCGACCUGCGUGUUUCCAAAAUUCCUGCCCUGCCAGAAUCCACGCCCACAACCUUGCUCAACUCCAAGUGUUUACUGUUCUGGGUCAGAAAGGUGACAGGGACUCGGCCAGAGGCAUUGUGGGAGUUCAACUUCAAGUUUUUAAAGCAGCAGGGACACGGGAAGAAUGGUACCGCCAACUCUUUGUGCAUGCCCAGACAAUACGAAGAUGUCCACAGGAACCCAGACUCUGACUGCUACAUGCUUCAGGUCACCACCCUCAACUUCAUCUUCACCCCCGUGGUCAUGGGCAUGACGCUGACCCUGUUCACGAUCAACGUAAGCACAGACAUGCGCCACCACCGCGUUCGUUUGCUGUUCCAGGACUCGCCGCUCCACCGGGGGAAGAGGAGGGGGGAUCAGGGUGGGACCCAUGUGGUGUUGGACCCCGUACAGAGUGUGAAGCUCAUGGACUGGUGGCAUCCGCAGUACCCCUCCUCACCCUACAUUUAGGAGUCCUGCCCCCCCACCUCACCCCUACUACAGCACCAAGAACCCUGCUGUUAUCUCAUCGCCAAACAGAAAUAUGAUACCGGAUGAUUCUGGUGUUAUUUUCAGUAGAUGUUAAACAAAGCCAGAAUUAACUGGCCCUGAGAUUGGAUGCAAACGUCAAAAUCAUGUUGCAUGUCCAUCCACUAUCCCAAAUAUCACAGUUCCUUAUCCAUUUGUACUGGAUGUAAAUGUACUGCAGAAUUGUCCCAUAUGAAUUAUUCUUAGGGAGACUGGGCUUAUUAUUAUAAUUAUGUAUUUAAAUCUGCCGUGCCCACACUUUCCACAUUUCUCAGCUUUAGCACUUCCUCUUUUUUUUUUUUUUUAAACACGGAGUAGUAAGACUGAGCAAUAUGGAAAAAGAAAUAAACGUCACAGUAGCAAGAUCAUCAUCAUCUGAAAUCAGUAACUGUUUUUAUAUGAAAAAAAAACUGCCAUCAUAUUAAGUAAGUUCAUAAUUUUUUGGAAAAGCGAGGUCGAACUGAAACUUUUGAGUUUCAAGAGAAAUCUAAUGACAAACUUUUGUGUAGUGAUCUCAGACAAAAGUGCAUAAUGUUUCACAAUAUUGGGAAUAACUGUGAUGUGAUCACAGCGAUAGCCGUCGAUGUAUUGCUCAGCCCUACAGACAUGGCGAAGAGCGACUUGUAACAUUUGGAGUUACAGGUCGCAUAAAAAGAUUCACAGGUUUGCUGCAUGCUGUGUGACUGAAGAGUUUUUAAAGCUCGUGGAUCAACAGGGUGGAACAUUUGUAACCAUCCUCCUUUGGUUUGUUUUUUUAAAGCUCACUUGAAAAUGUAAAUGUACUCAAACAUCUUGAAUUUGCGUCGGUUUGAGUUUUGACGAUUUUACGACAUUAUUUAACAGAUUAAUAUUUUAAAACCACUUUUUUUUUGGUGUAUUCAACUCAAGGCAGCCUCACUUUAGUAUUAUUUGAAUAUCGAUGACACUGCUCUACACUGAAGGGGCCAAAGAGAUGAUUUACCUCAGACAUCAUCCACUCAUCUGGGCAUUGUGUCUUUUUCUUUGUGGUGUUUCUUGGCGGAACACAUUUUGAUUUGUCUCUUUGCCAAGCACUAUGUGAGCCGCGCCCUCUAACUGCCUCUUGUGUAAACUUUGAAUGUCUCGAAGUGUUCUGUCUUUCUAAGUGUUGAAUGUGAGUAGAAAUAUACCAAUCACAAGCUUGAUUAUGAUGGAGAGGAAGGGAAAGAGAGCUACCAUUGACAUUGAUUUAUCCAUCCAUCAUUCACCCUGGAUUGAUUUGCAUAUUGUAAAUGGAAAAACAAAGACAUUACAUCAACCACACGCAGUUUAUUCUUUGAGAAAUAAAAAGAUCACAGUAGCCCGACGUAGAAGAGAGCGGGAUGUUCUAGCAGCAGUCGAUUGUUGAUCUAGUUUUAUCAGACAGGAGUUCGAUUGUUAAAUAAACUUAGUGCACUGAAAUAAAAACUGAAACUGCCCAUCCAAAA